AUGUUCAAAUUGAAGAACAAAAUUGCGCUUGCGAGUUUUGGGCUGCUGAUACAUUCAGCGGCUGCUAUUGCCAUUUCAGGUCUUCCAGUUGUGGAUCUUGGCUACGAACUGCACGCAGCAACCUUCAAUGAAAAGGGGAGCUUCUACAAUUUCACUAAUAUUCGAUACGGAGCACCUCCUCUGGGAGAUUUGCGCUUUGCCCCUCCGCAACCUCCGGCUGUGAAUAGAUCUACAAUCCAAGAUGGGGGUGUACCAAGGCUCUGUCCACAGGCUCCGCCGGCUUGGUCUGUCAACGCGUUUCCACUUAUGUCCCAAUAUACUGCGGGCCUACCAAUCACUGCGCCUGCGCCUAGCACUGGCGACCAGCCAUUGGCUCCAAUUGACCCGAGGACUACCGAAGACUGUCUAUUCCUAGACGUCAUGGUGCCUGAAAAGCUAUUCAAGCCUGCAGAAGAUGGACAUGGUGCGCCGGUUUUGGUUUGGAUCUAUGGUGGUGGAUACACUUCUGGUGACAAGACCACUUCGCCCAUUGCCAACCCUGGUGGUUUGUUGCGAAGAAGCAACGAUUCGAUGAUCUACGUAGCACUGAACUACCGCUUGGGAGCAUUCGGCUGGCUUUCUGGUCCAUCCUUUGAACAGAAUGGUACCUCCAAUGCCGGACUUUAUGACCAACGCCUCGCCUUGCAGUGGGUACAGCAAAACAUCGCUAAAUUUGGCGGAGAUCCCAAACGAGUAACGGUCAUGGGCGAGAGUGCUGGCGCAGGUGGUAUCACGCAUCAAAUAACGGUACGCAAAGGUGCCCAGGACGCUGGUGCUCCGUUCCAGCAAGCAAUUUUGCAAUCAACUGGUUGGAUUCCGCAUCCCUCGGUUGAUGAGCAAGAACGAGUUUUCAACGAUUUUUUGGCCCGAUUGAAUGUCUCAACCAUCCAAGAAGCAAGGCAACUCUCAACUGAAGACCUUGUAAGGGCUAAUAUGGCCGUGGUACGCGACGCUCAGUAUGGCACUUUCACAUUUGGACCGGCCGUCGAUGGAGAUUUCGUACCCGCUGUUCCGGCCGUCUCCUUCCGUGAUGGCAACUAUGAUACCAACGUCACUAUCAUGAUCGGUCACAACCCCGACGAAGGUGUACUUUUCACACCGGCCAACGCCACAGAUGUUACCACUUUUGCGGAUUCGGUCCUCGUCUUAUACCCCUCCAUGACUCAAGAGAAUCUUGAUCAUGUAACAGAGACACUCUAUCCAGCAGUUCUUGAUGGGACGCAUGGAUACACGGAUCCGUAUGGUCGCGCUUCUAACAUGAGGGCUGACGUAAUCAUCGUCUGCAAAAAGUUACCUCUUCUCAAUGCCUUCCCACAAAGCGCCUACUCCUACCAGUUCAGUCUACCACCUGGCAUCCAUGGCGCGGAUCUUGAGUACACAUUCUACAAUGAUGAAGGGCAACGUCCGUUUGAUCCGGUCACACUGAGUGGUGUCGCUAGUGAGCAGGCUGCGCACACUCAUCAGCGUUGGAUUGGAGACUUUGUCACGAGUGGACAGCCGAAGAACAUUAAUGGCAGUUCAUCUUUGCUAUAUCCUGGCCGCCAAUCGAAUUCAUCCACCGUUAACCUAGAGAUUAACGGUACAAGCGUUAUCCAGGAAUACGCUGCAGGCCCUAGGUGUGCAUUUUGGGUGUCGCUUGAGUUGUAGCUGCCAGCGUUAGCUUGUCACGUA